GCCGCAACUUUUCUCGCCUGUGCUGUGGAGCAGCAGCGGAGCACACUCACACACUAAACACGGCCGACGCAUCCUGAAAGCUUAAACAAAAGAAACUUUGUGCCAAUCGCCCCAAACCGGACGGUGCAGUAAUGACCGAGGGACUCUGAACGCAUCCCUGUCUGUCUGAAAAGACAAGACGAGAGUUUUGUUGGACUAUGAGCGAAUUUUUGGGCUUUGCCGAGCAAAGCAGACGAUCUUUUUUGACAACUUUACGUCCUUUUUUACACAUUUUUUGGAUGAGAUUCUUCUGGUUUUGACCUUUUUCCUUCCAUCGUUCAUCAUACGAAAAAUCCUAGGAUGGGACCACUUCUCAUCUGCGUGGUUAUUCUACUCAAAGCUGUCUCUGGCGAUGCUUGCGCCAGCGGACAGUUCACCGAAUCUGGCGAGUGUUGCAGUGUUUGUCCCGCUGGCUUUGGAGUGAUGGUGGAGUGCGGUAAAGAAGAUACCAAAUGCACGCCAUGUCCACAGGGAACUUUCUCCCCCUCCGAAGACCUCGGCCGUUGCCUCCCGUGCUCACGGUGCCCGUACGGCGUCCCCACUUUUGCGCCGUGCUCCGCCGUCGAAGACACACAAUGCGAAUGCGACAGCGGCUUCUUCUACUUUGAUGGCCUGUGCGCGCCUUGUUCCAAAUGCAAGCGUGGCGAGGGGGCGGCGCAGGAGUGUGGUCCCAAAGGGGACACACAGUGCCGGCUCUGUGGCCCGGGAACCUUUUCUGAAGAGCACGCGAACACCAAACCGUGCCAGAACUGCACCCAGUGCACGGAGAGCGAAGUGGAGAUCCGGGCCUGCAUGCCGAACUCGGACACACUCUGCAUGGAUAAAAAGCUGCACAUUCUCUCCGAUGGGUCCCGUGACUCUCCGAGCAAGUCCGGUGUAGAGGAUGUGACGCCAGGCGGAGAAAGUUUUGCCCCGGGGACCCCCAAGUUCACCCCACAGGGUGAGAAAAGCAGCAACAACAUCCUGGUGUACGUGUCCGUGCUGGCUGCGGUGGUCCUUGGCCUGCUGGUCUACGUGGCUUACAAGUGCUGGCGAUCGUGUAAACAGAAGAAGGCCCUGUCAAAGAUGCGCGCUGCCGAGUUGGGAGCGUCUCCAGAGGGAGAGAAGCUACAAAGUGACAGCGGAGUUUUUCUCGACUCGCAAAGUCUGCAAGACAAUCAGACCUGCAAAGGUACAAAAAGGGACAGCAAGCAGGACACCCGCCUGUACGUCAACCUGGCGCCAGCCAGACAGGAAGAAAUCGAGCGCCUCCUGCAGGAAGGAGCGGGCGGCGGCUGGCGGCAACUGGGUCAGGCGCUGGGGUACGAAACCGAACAGCUGGACCUGUUUGGGCAUGGCGAGGCCCCCGCGCACACCCUGCUCUCCAACUGGGCUCUGAAAGAAGGCUCCACCCUGGGACUGCUGUGUUCGGCGCUGGCUCGCAUCGAGAGGCCCGACGUGGUGUCGGCUAUGAACUGCCCCACGCAGGGUGUCUCGGUAGUUUGAUGCGGUGCCCCCCCCCCCCACGCACACACACCACACGCACGCGCACACACACACACACACACA